AACAUUGAGAGGGCAGACAACAUACGCUCUACAGAUCAAAGCGCCAGUUUGUCCACCCUUACUCUUAAUGAACGAAUGGCUUUGUCAGUCAUUGGCCAUUUAUGGCAACGGUGUAUCAUAGCACCCAAAUCAAACACAAGACCGUCUUUUUUAAUGCUCCGGCGCUUUCAUCAGUCUGUAUCUCCUCGAAUUUCUAUGAAUGAUGUGUAUCUAAAAAAUGUCGAAAGAAACAGAAAGGUCAUCUCGCUUUUGAAUACGAUCUCCGACAAUCCCGGUGCUCGAAAGAAGAGACAUAUUCUCGGGCGCGGCAUUGGCUCUGGUCGUGGAAAAACGUGCACGAAAGGACACAAGGGUCGUAAAGUGCGUCAAGGCGGAAGUGUAAAUCUGGGCUUCGAAGGCGGUCAAGUCCCUUUCUAUAAACGAUUUCGCAAGCAUGGAUUCACCAAUCGAGCCCAUAAGCGUGUCUAUUCUCCUGUAUCUCUAGCUCGCUUGCAGUUUUGGAUUGAUACAGGCCGCAUUGAUCCCAACCAGAAAAUUACAAUGAAGACCCUAAUUGAUUCGAAAUGUGUUGGAAGACUUCGAAAAUUACAAGUGGGAAUCAAACUUGUUGGAGAUGGUGCCGACUGGUGGAAGCAAGCAGUUGACAUUGAAGUAAGUCAAGCUUCUAGCUCUGCUAUCAACGCCAUAAAGCGAACGAGUGGAAAAAUCACUUUGGUUUAUUAUAACAAGACGGGCCUUCGCGCCCUACUAAAACCCCAUAAAUACUAUCCGAAUACUAAAAGGCGAUUUCCUUAUCUGCCCCCCCCACCUGAACACAUCAACAAAAAGUUGCUGCACCCUAUGGUCCAACCAUCACAGUUUCCUCAAUGGAUAGAAGAGCAAGCACUUUUAGCACAGCAAACCCAAAAAUCCCGCAGCACCGCUUCUGCUGAUGAUAAUAAUGAAACUCAAGGAGACGUAAAUCCAGAAGCCUAGUGCUUUUCAGCGUAGAUCCUUCACGUGAAUGGAAAUUGACGUUAUCGAAUUCCUUACGGUUUCAGGAAAUGAAAAACUACAAUUACCUCCUGCUUCUAGUUCUGUAUCAAUCAAUAAAAUAUGCUUCUGCCUGACAUUAUCUUCUAUA